GACCGGGCGACAAAGUCCUAGAUACCACCGUUGCGGCGACUAGAUGAGCUGAACUUUAAUGAGAGAUAUUUAGAAGACAAAUAAACUCCUCAAUACAAUUUAAAUCCUCUUUUUUUCUUUCCAUCACCGAUUUGUUGGAGUUGAGUCUAUUUUGAAUUUACCACCUACGUUGUUCGAACCCCUCACGAUGGCUCCCAUCAUUCAUCUCGUUCGUCACGCUCAGGGAGUUCAUAACCUCAGCCGAGAAAACCAGGAGAUUUCAGACCCUGAUUUGACUCCCUUGGGCCUGGAACAAUGCGCCGAACUUCGGAAGAAGUUUGAUGCUCACGAUAAAUUAACGCACCUUGUCGCCUCCCCUAUCCGUCGAACUAUAUACACCUGUCUGCACGCUUUUGAGCCAGCAGUCAAGGCUGGCGUGAAAGUAAUCGCUCUUCCGGAUGCACAGGAGGUCUCAACUCUACCGUGUGAUAUUGGAUCGGAUCCUAGCAAGUUGAAGGCGGAAUUUGGCGACUCUGUUGAUCUGCACCUGGUCACGGAAGGCUGGAACGACAAAUCUCGCGGGAGCAAGUACUAUCCCAACCCAGCUAAUCUCGAAGCGAGGACUCGAGAUGCUAGGGUAUGGCUCAGGGAGCUUGUGAAAGGUAACGAUGAUGCUCAAGUCGUUCUUGUCACUCAUGGUGGUAUUCUGCAUUUCCUUACGGAGGAUUUUCAGGGUGUUCUUAUAAAUCGAGGCACUGGGUGGAACAAUGUCGAGUUGCGCUCAUACGAGUUUGCGGAUCCAACAGGCCAAGAUCCUGGAGCAUCUCUAAAGGAAACUCAGCCGAGUUGGCGUUCUCGACGUGGGAGCGCGAUCCCUCUUACCGAGACAGAACAGCAGCAGUUGCGACAGGCUUUCCAAACUGUUUUGGAUGAAGAGACUAAGAAGAGAGAAGAGGCCGUGGUUGAUUGAAGACCGGGAAGGGAACAUUCAAUGAUCUCCAUUUCCGUCACUUAGACGUACAGACCUUGACAUAUCAGAAUUGAAUGACAUACAAUAUAGGAUUGCAUGUUGUUUCUUACCCGUGGAUCAGUGGACUUCA